AUGGCCAGCUCGCUCACUGUCUCUGGCAGCCCCGUCUCCUUGUCGCAACUCGUCGAUCAUCUACAGGCGCAGGAGUUUAUCCACUCUGAUGACUUUGCAGUCGAGUCCGGCGCAGGAGGCAGUCCGUCGGCGUUCUUUGCGGGGCAUGGCAGAAAUAGCGGCGAUCACGGAUCGGGUGGCCGCAGUGGUUCCGGCGGCCGCGGACGGAAUGGUUGUGGCAGGGGGAACAGCAACGUACGAGGGCGCGGCGGCACACCUCGUUGCCAAAUCUGCAGAUCACACGGCCAUACGGCCAUGUAUUGUUUUAAACGAUAUACGGCGCGUCCACAACUGAAUGCAGGUCAGGCUAAUAUUGCAAUGGCCGGUGAACCUCAGGUAGCCGAUGCUUGGUACCCGGACACGGGUGCCUCGUCUCAUGCAACUCCGGAUGAACAGAUGUUGCACCAUUUCGAGGCGUACAAUGGCGGGGACGUACUCAGAGUUGGCAACGGCGCAGGUUUGGAUGUUUCCCGUGUGGGUCAUGCAGUAAUCCCAUCUCGGUUUAAAAAUCUACAAAUGUCAAAUAUCUUACAUGUCCCGAAUCUGACUUUACCAUUGCUUUCUGUUUAUCGUUUUGCUAAUGAAAACGAUGUGUUUUUCGAAUUUCAUAAAGAUUUGUUUCUUGUGAAGGAUUCCAGCACCCAAACAAUUCUACUUAAAGGGUCAACCUCGGGCGGGUUAUACAAGCUACUGGUUCACCGGUCUCACUUUGUGUUUCUCUCCGCCCGAGCGUCGUCACAGACGAUUACUCGCGGUUUUGCUGGUUUUAUCCGCUAA